AUGUUCCAGAUGGACAAGGGUUGCAGUGCCUCACUGACCCAGAGAAGCCCAAGUCCCAAGGAGAGAGGAUCCUCAAAUCCCAGGGAGACGGACUGCAGGGACAGGGAGACGGCCUGCAGGGACAGGGAGACGGACUUCAGGGGCAGGGAGACGGACUUCAGGGGCAGGGAGACGGACUGCAGGACAGGGAGACGGACUGCAGGGACAGGGGAGACGGACUGCAGGGGCAGGGAGACGGACUGCAGGACAGGGAGACGGACUGCAGGGGCAGGGAGACGGACUGCAGGGACAGGGAGACGGCCUGCAGGACAGGGAGACGGACUGCAGGACAGGGAGACGGACUGCAGGGAUCUCUUCCCCUCACACAGCAACAGCAGCUCCUCCUCCAAACACGACAGCCGACAGGACAGUUGGGAGAUUGUAGAGGGGCUGCGUGGAGGACACAGUAAUGUCCAGGAGCCCCAGAAGCAGGAUGGAUACAUGCUGAAGAGGAGGAAGUGGCCGAUGAAGGGAUGGCACAAGAGAUACUUCUACUUGGACAAGGGCAUCCUGAAGUAUGCCAAGUGUGGUGCUGACAUUGAGAAGGGGAAGUUACACGGCUGUAUUGAUGUGGGUCUCUCUGUUAUGGCCAUUAAGAAGUCAGCCCAGUGCAUUGAUCUGGAUGCAGAAGAAAACAUCUAUCACCUGAAGAUCAAGUCACAGGAGCUGUUUGAUGAAUGGGUGUCUAAGCUACGCCACCAUCGGCUGUACCGUCAGAAUGAGAUUGCUAUGUACCCCCAGGAGAAGGCUUACUACUACCCCCACUUCCCCCCUCCCGGGUCCCCCGGUGUGGCUGAUAGAACGCGGCAUGUGUCUCUAGCCAGGCAGGCAUCGGUCCAUGCUGCAGGUAGCUUCCCUGUGACCUGUACCAGCCAAUCCAAGGUGGCCGCCUGGCUGCAGUCCUCAGACCACAUGAACAAGUGCUCUAAAGACAUGUCAGUGUGUGAGUCCUACCUGUUGGAACUGAACCAUCUGCUACAGAGUAUGGAGGUCAUCCACCGCACCUACUCAGCUCCAGCCAUCAACGCACUACUGCAGGCUUCUACAUUUGACACCCCCAAAAAGGAAAAAAGGCCCCCAAGGAAAUGGCGUGGUUCUAAAAACUAUGGCAAAGAUGUGAAAACAACACUGCAGGUUCCCAGUUGCAUCUCAUCUGGCUCCGUCCGUCUCCACGCCUCCAACCCCAACCUCUCUACUGCAGCCCUGGGGACUGCGAAGGCCUACCCUGAACCUCCCUAUAUGGACUCUCCUAUAGACGUAGCCAAACUACAGGAGGACUUCUGCCGCGUCGCUAACAACCUGUAUGCCACCAUGAAGUCAGCCCUGAGCGCUCUCACCUCUGAGAAGGAGAAGUUAAAACAGGUACUGGACCACCAAGACACAUGCCCCCCUACCUCUCCAGGGAUUAUGGGUCUGAAGAACGCUCUGUCCUCGGCUAUAGCCCAGAACUCUGAACUGAGAGAGCGGCUGAGCAACAUUCACGCUGAGUCCAGCUGCGUCCCAGAACCCUCCACUGGGCUCAUAAACCUCUCUGGUCCCCUACAGAAGCAAGACUCCACCGAUGGAUCCCACCCCCUAGUUCACCAGGCGUCCAAUGAGAGCAGAGCAUCCAUCACAGAGUCUCUAUCAGAGUUCUUCGAUGCUCAGGAGGUUCUACUGUCUGCCAGCUCCUCAGAAAACGAGGCCUCUGAUGAUGACUCAUACAUCAGUGACAACGUCAGCGACAACAUCUCCAUGGACAACUUCAGCAACGAGACGGAGAGACCUAACUCGGGUAAAGGGACACUUUACCAUGUAGAACGGGCCCUUCUGAGAAGACGCAGGUCGUGCCUCCCGUCGGCCAGCCCUAACACCAGUAACAUCAGUCUAUGGAACAUCCUUAAGAACAACAUAGGGAAAGACCUCUCCAAGGUGGCUAUGCCUGUUCAGCUGAACGAGCCCCUCAACACCCUGCAGAGACUGUGUGAGGAGCUGGAGUACAGCGAGCUGCUGGACAGAGCUGCUAACACACAGGACCCCUUUGAACGCAUGGUGUACAUAGCCACGUUUGCAGUGUCGGGGUACGCGUCCAGCUACCACCGAGCGGGAGGGAAGCCCUUCAACCCGGUCCUGGGGGAGACCUAUGAGUGUGACCGCCCCGACAAGGGCCUCCGAUUUGUAGCAGAACAGGUCAGCCAUCACCCACCUAUAUCAGCAUGCCACGCUGACUCUAAAAACUACAUAUUCUGGCAAGACAUGAGGUGGAAAAACAAGUUCUGGGGGAAGUCUAUGGAAAUAGUUCCUGUGGGCAACACCCAUGUGAUGCUGCCAGGGUUUGGGGACCACUAUGAGUGGAACAAGGUCACGUCCUGCAUCCACAACAUCCUGAGUGGGCAGCGCUGGAUAGAACACUACGGAGAGAUCUCCAUCAGGAACACCAGCACUGAUAUCUGCCAGUGUAAGGUCACCUUCAUCAAGGCCAAGUACUGGAACUCAAGUGUUAACGAGGUGGAGGGCACCAUCACAGACCACAAGGGGAAGGUCAUCCACAGACUGUUUGGGAAGUGGAACGAGGGGGUGUACUGUGGAGACCCCCCCUCUGCCACCUGCAUCUGGAGAGCCAAUGCCAUGCCGGCUGACCACGAGCAGUACUACGGCUUCACUAAGUUUGCUAUGGAGCUCAAUGAGCUGGACCCUUCACUGAAACUGCUGCUGCCUCCCACAGACACCCGGCUACGGCUCGACCAGAGGCUGCUAGAGGAGGGCAACGUAGAGGCAGCAGAGGAACAGAAGCAGAAGAUAGAACAGCAGCAGAGAGACAGACGCAGAGUCCUGGAGGAAAACACCAUGACACAUCAACCCACAUUCUUCAGGAAAUCAAAGGACGACACCUGGGUUAGCAACAACACUUACUGGGACCUGAGAAGGGAUCCAGGCUUUUCCCACCUGGACUGUCCUGUGUUGUGGUGACCUGAGGAGGGAACCAGGCUAUCCCCACCUGGACUGUCCUGUAUUGGGGUGACCUGAGGAGGGAACCAGGCUAUCACCACCUGGAAUGUCCUGUGUUGUGAUGACCUGAGGAGGGAACCAGGCUAUCACCACCUGGACUGUCCUGUGUUGUGGUGACCUGAGGAGGGAACCAGGCUAUCACCACCUGGACUGUCCUGUUUUGUGGUGACCUGAGGAGGGAACCAGGCUAUCACCACCUGGACUGUCCUGUGUUGUGGUGACCUGAGGAGGGAACCAGGCUAUCACCUCCUGGACUGUCCUGUGUUGUGGUGACCUGAGGAGGGAACCAGGCUAUCACCACCUGGACUGUCCUGUGUUGUGGUGACCUGAGGAGGGAACCAGGCUAUCACCACCUGGACUGUCCUGUGUUGUGGUGACCUGAGGAGGGAACCAGGCUAUCACCACCUGGACUGUCCUGUGUUGUGGUGACCUGAGGAGGGAACCAGGCUAUCACCACCUGGACUGUCCUGUGUUGUGGUGACCUGAGGAGGGAACCAGGCUAUCACCACCUGGACUGUCCUGUGUUGUGGUGACCUGAGGAGGGAUCCAGGCUAUCACCACCUGGACUGUCCUGUGUUGUGGUGACCUGAGGAGGGAACCAGGCUAUCCCCACCUGGACUGUCCUGUGUUGUGGUGACCUGAGGAGGGAACCAGGCUACCACCUCCUGGACUGUCCUGUGUUGUGGUGACCUGAGGAGGGAACCAGGCUAUCCCCACCUGGACUGUCCUGUGUUGUGGUGACCUUAGUGUGACUUUUGUGGCCACUGGUCACACACCUGAGUCAUGUUUAUUAGGCCCAGGACUGAAACAGGGAGGGACGACCUGAACGUGUCCAGUAAGAAACACUUGUGCGUUCAAAAGGCACCAAACGGAAGAAAACAGACUGCAACUUCCAGUCCAAUAAGAAACUUUUUUUUUCCAGUUGCAAAACGUUUUGCUACGGUGUGCACUUAUGAACAUGACCCUGUUUGGACUUCCUGUCUGUACUGUGACCCAGGCUGGCUCUAGGGGCUGGAGUCCUGCUGCUCUAUCCGUCUCAUUGGUUUUGCCUCAAAUGGCACCCUAUGCCCUACAUAGUGUACUGCUUUUGACCAGAGCCCUGUGGGCCCAAGUAGUGCAUCAUACGCUAAAGGGAAUAGGGUGCUAUUUGGGACGUACGGUCAUGCAC